CCCGCGUGAGUCACCCGCCGCCAAAGGGGGCUCGACGCUGGAUCACUAUAACUCUGCCUCUCGCGGAGCAGCCGGCUUCACUCGCCGCAGCUAGCGCGGAGCCCUCCCGAGCAGCCACCCGAGGAGCAGAUGCCGCCGCGCUGAGGGAGGCGGCUGCCUUUCUCUCUCCUCCGGCCACCCGAUCGGACACAGCAGCGGCAGCAGGACCCCCCACCCGCCGCCGCCCCCCCAGGCAAGAGCCUCCCUCCCCACUGGAUGGGCAGCAGCCCCCUCCUCUGGAGCCCCGCGCAAGGUCACAGGCAGGCACCAUGAAAGAGGAAGUGCCCUCAAAUGCCAGCGAAGAGAGUCAGGGCUGGUUUCUUCCCGACAACGUCAGCCGCAACUCCUUGUAUCUCUCGGAGGCUCCUCCUCUUCCCUUGAAUCCUUGGGAUGUAGUACUUUGCAUUUCCGGGACCAUCAUCUCCUGCGAGAAUGCCAUUGUAGUGGCCAUCAUCUUUUACACCCCUGCCUUCCGGACUCCGAUGUUCCUGCUGAUCGGGAGCCUGGCCACAGCCGACCUCCUAGCUGGCUUGGGCCUCAUCUUCCACUUUGCCUUCAUCUACUGCAUCCAGUCAGAGGUGGUCAACCUGAUCACGGUGGGACUUCUGGUGACCUCCUUCACAGCCAGCGUGGGCAGCCUCCUGGCCAUCACCAUAGACCGCUACCUGUCCCUCUACAAUGCCCUGACCUACUAUUCCGAAAGGACCUUCACCAGGACAUACAUCAUGCUCAUCCUCACCUGGGGGGUCUCCAUCUGCUUCGGCCACUUGCCUGUGAUGGGCUGGAACUGCCUGAAGGACGAUUCUACCUGCAGCAUCGUCAAGCCCUUGACCAAGAACAACCUGAUCAUCCUCUCCAUCUCCUUCUUCAUGGUCUUUGCCCUGAUGCUGCAACUGUAUGUGCAGAUCUGCAAGAUUGUUUGCCGGCACGCCCAUCAGAUCGCCCUCCAGAGACACUUCUUGGCCACUUCGCACUACGUCACCACCAGGAAAGGGAUCUCCACCUUGGCUGUCAUCCUGGGGACCUUUGCUUCUUGCUGGUUGCCUUUUGCCAUUUACUGCCUCCUAGGAGAUUAUACCUACCCAGCCCUCUAUACCUACAUGACAGUACUUCCCGCUACCUACAAUUCCAUGAUUAACCCUGUGAUCUAUGCCUUCAGGAACCAAGAAAUCCAGAAAGUAUUAUGGACUAUCUGCUGCGGGUGCAUCUCCUCCUCCAUGCCUUUCCGAUCCAGGUCUCCCAGUGAUGUAUGAAUCAUCACCCACCCUCCACCCUAUCCUGCUCUAAGACUCAUUUGCAAAUAUCCUCCUCCUCCAAUCUCUCUCUCUCUCUCUCUCUCUCUCUCUCUCUCUCAUUUUGCACAACCCCCUAAAAUAUUUUGAGAGACAUCAACUACGCAACACCUCUUUCUAAUUUCCUUUCUGUGUGUGAAACUGCUGUUAUCUUUUGAUUAAUUUUUUCACUUAUGGAAGAAAAGAGAAAAAUUCAUAUUUUUUUAAUCCAUACUUUUAAAAAAGUGUGUGUGUGCAUAUGUGUAUGUGUGUUAGUUACAUGUCAGAGAUCUGAUGUAAAUAUUUUGUUUUGAAAUAUUUAUAAUGCGUUAUUUUCUUAAGAUAAAUGGGAAGAAACCUCAAAACCCUUUGACCUUGCCUUUGAGUUUCUACAGCCUUAAUUACCUCAGAUCUUCAGAAAAUAUUUUUCUACACUGAAGAAAAAAUCCAUUGUAUCCCCUUCCAUCUUUUAUUUUUUACACUGAUGGAAGAAGAGAAGAGAGAACCAUAUUUCUGGUUCAGAAAUAUGCCAGCUUUCCCAAUAAAUGUAGGCAUUAUUUAUUUAUUUAAAUCCACCAGCUUAAAAAAACAACAUUUUAUCUAUUCUGUAUUUUGCUGCCCUCUGGUGUUCAUUCUAUUGUAAUACAGAUAGAAAGAAAAGGAGAGGAAAAGAAAGAUUAUUUUGCAUGUUCAUUAGACAGUAUUAACACAUGGGAUGUAUAGCUAUAUUAAGAUAUCAACAAUGUGAGUAGGGAAGAGAUUACUUUUAUGCUAAAGUACCUUGGUGGUACUACUCUGGGACAAGUGAUUUCAGGAUCUCAGUCUAAAUGAUUGCACUAGGAACUAUCCAAUUAAAUGAGGUUUCUGACUAUGAAGAAACAGAUGACAAUGAACACUCUGGAUCUCGUAGUCAGUAUCCCAGAUCUUUUUUUUUCCUUUUCAAAUUUGCACAAUCCUGGCAGGAUAUGAAUGUAACUGACACUUUGGAAAUCUGAAGUUUUUAUUGUAUUUGCAGAGAGAUACAUGGGUUGAAAAGUACUGUAUACUUUUGGUUACACCCAUCAGGAAAAAAUUAAUAAAGGUAAUUUGUGAUACA